AUGCAACAAGUUGAGCGAAACAGGCUGCUCAUCAAGUUUCUGACCAUUGCCUUGGCAAAGCACUCUUCUUCUUCUUCUUCUUCUUCUUCUUCUUCUUCUUCUUCUUCUUCUUCUUCUUCUUCUUCUUCUUCUUCUUCUUCUUCUUCUUCUUCUUCUUCUUCUUCUUCUUCUUCUUCUUCUUUUUCUUCUUCUUCUUCUUCUUCUUUUUCAUCUUCUUCUUCUUCUUCUACUACUACUACUUAUUCUUCUUAUUCCAGUUAUUGCUCUGCUUCUUCUUCUUUUUGUUCUUUUUCAUCUGAUUCUUCUGUUACGGUGUCUUCUUCUUCUACUACGACUACUACUUAUUCUUCUACUACUACUUCUUCUACUACUACUAUUACUUCUUCUUCUUCUUCUACUAAUUCUUCUUCUGUUUUGUCGUCGUCUUCUUCUACUACUACUUCUUCUUCUUUUACUACUACUUCUACUUCUUCUUGUACUACUAUGUAUUCUUCUUCUACUACUACUUCUUCUUCUUUUACUACUACUUCUACUUCUUCUUGUACUACUAUGUAUUCUUCUUCUACUACUACUUCUUCUUCUUCUUCUACUACUUCUUCUUCUUCUUCUUCUUCUACUACUUCUUCUUGUACUACUAUUUCUUCUUAUUCUGGGUCGUUUUUUUUAUAGGGUGCCAUUUGGACUUCAUAACUUGUAAAAAAUAAAUAGUUGAUUUACCAAUAUUUUUAUGUUCUAUUGUAUACAUGACAUAUGUAACUUGCUGAAAAACAUAUUGGUCGAACUCAGGCACCUAAAUCAUAGUAUAUUUAGCUAUAUUAAUGAGAGGUGACACACGGGAUAUGUCCACUCUGUUAAGGACAUAUGCAUAACAGCAUACAUGUGUUUUCAGUGCAUGAUUGCCUGUAUAAUGACUUUCCUAUAUGGAUUGUAUAUCCCUCACUCU